AUGUCAAAGAAGGCAAAACAUCACCAUCAUCACAGUCCCCAACAAAGCCAUUCGGCAAUAACUUCACAAAUACCACAACAAAAUAGUCUCCCACAUGAAGAUUUUUAUUCAGAUUGUUAUUCUACUUUUUCACAAGUGACCACUUCCACAAUAAAUGAUAUAGAUCAUUUACCAUAUGCUUUAAAUCUACGAACUCUUACCAUUAUUGUAGGUGUCACUAUUGGUGGACUUCUCUUUGGUUAUGAUACUGGAGUUAUCUCGGGAGUUCUAUUAUACUUGAAACCAUCUGAUUUACAUCGAUCGAGUAUUACAGACUUACAGAAAGAAUUUAUCACCGCUAGUACAGGUGUUGGCUCCUUUGGUGGGUCAUUAGUUGCUUUCAAGAUUGCUGACCGCUACGGUCGAAGAAUCACAUUAGCCAUAUGCUGUGCUAUUUUUAUACUCGCAUCAGUAUUGAUGUCUAUGGCCCGUACUUUGAAUAUACUGAUAUUUGGAAGGUUGAUCGUGGGAAUAGCCAUCGGAGUAGCUGCACAAUGUAUUCCGAUAUAUUUGAGUGAAAUUUCUCCAGCCAGCAUACGUGGGUUCAUAUUAACUUUAAAUUCGGUUGCUAUCACAGGAGGUCAAUUAUUAUCAUAUAUUAUUUCUUAUUCAGUAAGGAAUGCCAAUCAUUCAUGGAGGUAUUUAUUUGGUAUUGCUGCACUACCAGCAUUAUUAUUCAUAUUAAUACUUGAUUUCAUUCCAGAAUCACCAAGAUGGUUAGCUCAUACUCAUCAAUACGCAGAAGCACAGAAUUCAUUGAGAAUGUUAUACCCUAAUGCUAAUUCGCUUCAAAUAAACUUACAAUUAAGGAAAUUAUUGAUGGCUUUAAAUAAGUUACAAAGGUAUGAACAAAAUCAUUCUGAGGUGGAUUCAAGAACACCUCUACUGGAAAGGUCCAAUAGUCAAACAUGGCCAUCUUCUAUUUUACCACAAAAUUUUGCACGAAUAAGGGCAGAUACGAGAGUUAGUAAUGAUGAACAUUCAAUAAGACGACAACUACCAGUCCCAUCUCAAAAUAAUAGGAGAAAGAAGAUGGAACCGAAGACUAAAAGGGCUUUAAUUAUAGGAUGUGUUCUUAUGUUUUUCCAACAGAUAUCAGGUUUUAAUGCUUUCAUGUAUUAUUCACCAAUAAUAUUCUCAAAACUCGAAACAGAAAAUCCCUUGAUCCCAGCAAUGAUAAUUGCGGCCACAAAUUUUAUAUUUACAUUUGUUGCCUUAUUUCUUGUGGACUCAUUAGGUAGAAGGGCAAUCUUAUUGUAUACAAUUUGGAUAAUGAUCCUCGGAUUAUUGUUAGCUAGUAUAGGAUUUGAUCAUAACAAUAUUAAUUUAUUGUUAAUCUCAUUAAUCAUAUAUGUUGCAGGAUAUGCAUCCGCAUUAGGGACCGUACCUUGGAGCUCUGUAGAAUUUUUACCUUUGAACCAAAGGGCAUUCGGUGCUUCAUGCAUAUCUUGCACAAACUGGUUUACAAACACCUUAGUAUCGUUGACAUAUUUGAGUGUUAUGAACUCUGUAGGUAACGAAAACACAAUGUUAGUAUUUGCAUUCUUUAUGUUAUUAGCAUGGGGUUUCGUCUUUGUAUGGUACCCUGAAGUAAAAGGUUUGUCAUUGGAAGAAAUUGGUGAGGUAUUUUCUGAUGGUAUUGAUGUUCAUUAUAUAUACAGGAAUUACUAUUGA